UGAAGGUGUCUGACUCUCUGGUUUGGGUUUUUUGUUAUCCAUACAAACCUCCAAGAAAAGUACGAACUUCGAAACCUCUCCCAAGUGUUUUUUUCAAUCUUCUGGAGAAUUUGAAUUUUCUUUCGCAAUCGUUGUUCUGAUCAAUUUCUUCAGAGGAAAUUUUCUCGCAGAGAAAUUUAAAAAAAAAAAAAAAGAAGAAAAGAAAAAGAAAAACCGAAUGGUUCUUCAUUUUCAUAGCUUUCCGAUUGGUUCUUUUCUCUUUUGCUGAUCGGAUUUUCUCUUCUGCUUUGUGAAUUCUACAAUCUGAAACCAUAGAAGAAUGAGAGUCGUAAUCAAGAAAAAGAAUCCGAGAAAUUAUUGGUAGUAUUAAUUGUGGUGAAAGCAAAAAGAUUUAAGUUUUGGAUUCAAAUUGGGCUUCGCUUGGUUGUGAGAAGGUUUUGGUAGCCUGACCAGAUGAAUGUGGUGGGUAGAGUUGGGAACCUGAUUUCCCAAGGUGUUUACUCUGUUGCCACCCCUUUUCAUCCCUUUGGUGGUGCUGUUGAUGUCAUUGUUGUUCAGCAACAGGAUGGGACAUUCCGAAGCACGCCAUGGUAUGUUAGGUUUGGUAAAUUUCAAGGUGUUCUCAAAGGCACCGAGAAGAUUGUGCGCAUAGCUGUAAAUGGCAUUGAAGCCAAUUUCCAUAUGUAUCUUGAUAAUUCAGGUGAGGCCUAUUUUGUCAAGGAGGUUGAUACUAGUAAAGAAAGUGAGAUAAAUGAUGUGGAUGGUUCUGAUAAUUUGGACAUUUCAGUAGAGGAUAGUAGAAUACAUGGGGAUAAGCAGAAUAAUGGUAAUGAGAAUGGCCUUGAUAUUCAUAGACUUCAGCAUAGUGUCUCUGAUUCUGGGGUGGUUCAAUUGCGACAUGAUAGCGAUUCCUUCAGGGCAGACCGAAUAGAGAGGUCAGAGUCUGAUGGUGAGCGUAGGUUUUAUGAAUUCCCAGAUGAUCAAUCUUCUCUCGAGGGUUCAGUUGAGUUGUCAGAGUAUGGGUCUAAUCGAUAUGAGAGUUUGGACAAUGAGAAUGUUGUGGAAUCACAGAAUUUGAAUUCAGAAGUUGUAUUAGUGAGUGUUGAUGGUCAUAUGCUGACAGCCCCCAUCACAGCAUCAGAACAGGAUACCGAGAAUGUGCAAUUAAGCACACCUCAGUUUCAUCUUGGCCCUGGUGAAAGCACUGAGUUCUGUGAUGGCAAUGAUGAUGAGUUUAGUUCAGGUGAAAAUGUUUGGUCUGUUGAUUACAUUAGUAAGCUGAAUGAAUCUACUACUAGUGAUGCGCCUGAUAAUGUUUGGAGUGUUAAGAAUGAUGAUACUACUACAAGGAUUCGGCACCAUAUGGAAGUUUGUGAAGGAGAGGUAGAACAUGUCUGUAUUGAAACUUUAGACUCUGCAACUAAGGAAGGAGAUUUCCAGUUGCAGACUGAUUUAGCAGAUGCAUCUGUGAAAAUAAAGAAGGGAGAAGUUUUCAAGAGUUGUUUGGAGCUAUCAGAAUUUAGGAAAGAGGAUAAACUUGCUGAUUUUGAAAAUGUGAGCCCCUCAUUGGAGGUUCGAAACUCUCCAGAGAAAUUUCACCAAACUCUUCCACUGACUGAUGAAACUGAAGAUGAUGUCAAAUUUGAAAAUAAUGAUGGGCAAUCUCCUUCCUAUAGUUCUGUUUCGGCUAAUAAUGAUUUGCCUUCCGAUUUACAAGUUGAGGCUGGAUCAGUUGAAAGGAAUGAGGUUGGUGCAGAACAUACUGGGAUUGACUUCAUUUCUGUUCAAUCAGUUGAUAAUAAUCCAGAGUGCAAGGAUGAAGGAACAUCAGCCAUAAUCAAUAAUACAGACAGUGCUGUGCAAAAACCUGUGGUAGAAGAUGAAUUUGGUGGAAGUGAGCUAAUGAAAUCUCUGACAAUAAAUUCAAGUCAAGAGACAAAAACUCAUUCAAGUAUAAGUUUUGAAAUGUCGCUCUGUCGGAAUGAACUUCAUGCAGGUAUGGGCUUGGAUGCUGCUGCUGAAGCCUUUGAUGCACAUCGAAUAUCUGCAGAGGAGUAUGAAAGUUCUGCUGCAGCAAUUGUUAAGAAUGAAAACUUGAUUAUUAGAUUUAAAGGGAGGUAUUUGCCAUGGGAAAAAGCUGCUCCUAUUGUUCUUGGAAAGGCUGCAUUCGAUAUAGGUCUACCUGUUGAUCCUAAAGAUGCAAUUUCUGUGGAACAGGAUAGCACACCAAAGCCAAGAGAUGAAGACUCUGUACUCACUCCCACUUCUUCUGGACGUAGGUGGAGGCUUUGGCCUAUUCCAUUCAGAAGGGUCAAAACACUAGAGCACACUAGCAGUAAUUCAUCAAAUGAUGAGGAAUUCGUUGAUUCGGAAUCUGUUUUACAGAAUUCACAAACAGAAGUAACUCCAAAAUCCCAUAGCAGCAAUGAGUCUCCUCACAAGCAAUUUGUAAGAACAAAUGUCCCUACUAAUGAGCAGAUAGCAUCUUUGAAUCUAAAAGAAGGUCAAAAUAUCAUAACUUUCAGUUUCUCUACCAGGGUUCUAGGAACACAACAGGUUGAUGCACAUAUUUACUUGUGGAAGUGGAAUGCACGAAUUGUAAUUUCUGAUGUUGAUGGAACAAUAACCAAGUCUGAUGUUUUAGGUCAGUUCAUGCCAUUGGUUGGAAAGGAUUGGACACAGUCUGGGGUAGCUAAACUUUUCUCUGCAAUUAAGGAAAAUGGAUACCAGCUACUGUUUCUAAGUGCACGAGCUAUUGUCCAGGCAUAUCUGACUAGAAGUUUUUUACUUAAUCUAAAACAGGAUGGAAAAGCUUUACCUAAUGGACCCGUUGUGAUCUCGCCUGAUGGAUUAUUUCCUUCAUUAUUCCGUGAAGUAAUAAGAAGAGCACCUCAUGAAUUCAAGAUUGCAUGCUUAGAGGAUAUUAGAAGACUCUUCCCUUCUGACUACAAUCCAUUUUAUGCGGGUUUUGGAAAUAGAGACACAGAUGAGCUGAGUUACAGAAAAAUUGGGAUUCCAAAGGGCAAAAUAUUUAUAAUCAACCCUAAGGGUGAAGUGGCCAUUAGUCAUCGCAUUGAUGUCAAAUCGUACACUUCUUUACACACUCUUGUUAACGAUAUGUUCCCGCCAACUUCACUGGGUGAGCAGGCAAACUACAACCAAUGGAAUUUCUGGAGGGUGCCACUGCCAGACGUUGAGUUAUAGUUGCUAGUUAUGGAAAACAACUCCCUUUGGGCCAAAAAGAAAAAAAAAAAAAAAUCAGCGGCUUGGGUUGUGUUCUACCACAUAUAAAUUAUAUUCAAAUUGGUUGCUGGUCUGCUCCUUGUAGAAUUGAUGCUGGUAGAUCCAUACGAAAUUUAUAAGUGCAGGUGUUUUGAUUCAUUAGCCAUGCACUUUGUAGUAGAAGCACGAGAAUAAAAUUUUUUUGGCACUGGGUUCUUCUGCUCAACCACCCAUCCUCCAAUGUUUUAGUUUUCUCUGUUCUGAUUUUUGUAAAAUUUACUGAUUCCCAAUUAAUAGUCUGAACAGUGACCCACAAAAAUUAUACAAAAUGUAUGAACAUUGUUUAGUUGAUUGAGCAGGCAUCUAGUUAUGCCUAAAUUCAUCAUGCA